AUGGCAUUCCACCCACAGUCCGACGGACAAUCCGAAAGGACGAUUCAGACUCUCGAAGACAUGCUAAGGGCCGUGGUGCUCGACCGAGGUGGAAGUUGGGAGACUGCACUACCUUUGAGCCAAUUCUCUUACAACAACAGCUUUCAGCUGCGGAAGUACGUGUUCGACCCGAAGCACGUGAUUCACUACAAGGGAGUUGCGUUGAAUCCGGACUUGAGCUACGAGGAGAGACCCCAGAUGAUCCUAGACCGUAAGGAGGGCGGGCUGUUACAUUGCAGCUCUCAAGGAAAAGAAGGCUGCAAACAGGAAUAUGCCGCACAGGAAAGGGAGCUUAUUCAGUUGAAGCGCGAGGCGAGGUUGAAAGGAGGGUUCUAUGUGAACCCUGAGGCUAAGUUGCUUUUCAUCAUUCGCAUCCGUGGUAUUAAUGCAAUGCAUCCUACCAUAAAGAAGAUCCUGCAAUUGCUGCGUCUUCGUCAGAUUUUUAACGGAGUGUUCCUAAAAGUGAACAAAGCAACAGUGAAUAUGCUGCACAGGGUUGAGCCAUAUGUUACUUUCGGGUACCCAAACUUGAAGAGUGUCAGAGAAUUGAUUUACAAGAGGGGAUUUAGCAAGGUCAACAAGCAUUGCAUUGCCUUGACCGACAACUCGAUUAUUGAACAGACUCUUGGCAAAUGCGGCAUUAUCUGCAUUGAAGAUCUCAUCCAUGAGGUCCUGACUGUUGGGCCUCACUUUAAGGAGGCUAACAACUUCCUCUGGCUGUUCCAACUAUCGGCACCCUUGGGUGGAUUCGAGAGAAAGAGGAACCACUAUGUGGAAGGCGGAGAUGCUGGGAACCGCGAAGACUACAUCAAUAAACUCAUUAGAAGGAUGAACUAGAAUUUUUUAUAAGCUAUGAAAUUUUCGGAAU